AUGUACCUUCCAGAUGGAACCAAUGGCUUCGUAUGUGGAACUGAGUUUUUGUCGAUCGACAAUGCAAGAAAACAAACAAAUGCAGUGAUAGAGGCAUUUUUCUUCGAUGAGCGUUUCCAAACAUUUCCAAUGUUAUUUGAAGAAUCGCAUCUAUUUAAUGUGAAAUCAGAAAUUCUUCUCUCAUGGCCUGCUAGGUCCAGUGGGAAAGUUUACACCAAGGGAAAUCCAGGAAAAUCUCGCCUCAUCAUCAAUAUUAGGGGUCAAAUCAUGGGUAUGGUGAUUAUCAAAACUCAGUAUCACAAUCAUCAUCUUAGUUUCGAGAAAUUUAGCCCAGUACGGAGCUCUAAUGCUGAGGGCAACAUCGAAAGUAGACAUUUGGAUGAAUUUUGGAGUAUUGCUUUUCCUAGAUUUGGGUUUCGUUGCGGCUCGAGAUAUUUUCCACUUUCCAUGGUUAAGAGUGGAAAUGAUUUGGACUCAAAUUAUUAUUUCCAAACCGUACUGGACGCCAAGUAUAGGAGCGAUGAAUUUGUGGAAUAUAGUGGCGAUCAAUUUAUUGGAAGUGAUCUUCGUAUUUAUCCUCUGCAUCAUAGUUCAACGAGCAAACAAAUUUUUGGCCCACAUGGUCGAUAUCGUGCUGUUUUUGACAUGACAAAUCGUGAAUUCAAGGGGAUUAUCGACGUAAAAGAUAGGGAAGAGAAAUGUGUAACUGUUUGGGAUUUAUCAUCGGCCUCACCCGAUACAGUUUAUAAGCCAACCUCUAUCUUACACACGGAGAGAAUGCCAGACAAAUAUUGGCCUGCGACUUGCGUGGGAACUAGGUUCAAGUACAAAACAAUAUGGCUUUUUAUAGAGUUCGCCUUGAAAAAGUGGCCAGCGAACGGGAACCAUAAAAAAUUCAACUUCCCCAUUCUAAAUGAGAACGGAUCUCAAUUCUGGCCUGUGAGAAUCCCAGAGACACAAACUAGAAGCUCCACGCACGCGUUCGCGAUAGGUUAUGAUACCGUUCUUAAUACUUAUGGUAUGUACGAAGCUGUAGUGCGCAAUGGUAUCUUGAGCAAAUAUGAACUAUGUCUGGAUCUUCCUAUCGAUGAUAUUCGCAGUCUUGAGAAAAAGCUCAGCCAAGUCUUGUAG